AUGGCAAUGGUACUUCCUAAUAUAAUUUCUCAAAAUCAAACUAGAUUCGUGAAGGGGAGGAGCAUUACUGAAAAUGGUCUUCUGGCUCAGGAGAUUAUCAGAGACAUAAAUUUGAGAAAUAGGAACACCAAUGUUAUGGUCACACUUGAUAUGACCAAGGCAUAUGACAGGGUAUGUUGGAUUUUUCUCACUAAAGCUCUUUGGAGGUUCGGUUUCUCAGAAGUUAUCAUUGAUAUGGUCUGGAGAUUGCUUUCAAAUAACUGGUAUUUUGUGUUGAUAAAUGAAUAUUCUUAUGAUUUCUUCAAGUCAUCAAAAGGGGUGAAGCAAGGAGAUCCCCUGUCACCCACUUUAUUUAUAAUUGUAGCAGAAGUCUUAUCAAGAGGUCUUAACUUGUUACUUAGUGACAAUCAGUUCAAAGGAUAUGGACUUCCAAAAUGGAGCUCAGUAAUCAAUCUCUUGUCAUACGCGGAUGAUGUCAUUUUAUUCUGUUCUGGUGACAAAACUUCUAUUUAUAAAAUGAUGUCAAUACCAGUUUAUACGUUGUCAGCAAUGAAUCCUCCCAAAAAAGUAAUCAAGCAAAUGCAUCAGAUUCUUGCUAAAUUCUUUUGGGGAAGUUUGAAAAAUGUAAAAAUAAGGCAUUGGGUUGCUUGGGAGGAUCUUUGUUAUCCAAGAGAAGAAGGGGGACUGGGAUUUAGAUCCUUAUAUGAUGUGUCCAAGGCUCUAUUUGCAAAGUUGUGGUGGAAUUUUAGGACAGCUACUAAUUCUUUAUGGGGAACUUAUAUGGGAAAUAAGUACUGUAAAAAAUUCCAUCCGAUCAUCACGAGGAAUGCGGGAGCUUCACAUGUUUGGAGAAAAAUGACAAAGCUGGGGGCAUUAUAUUAUGAGGAGGAGCUGCAGGCAGGAGAGGAGGAAAUAGAGGUUCAAGAGUUCAUUAUUAAUGGAGUUUGGGACGUUGAGAAACUCAGAACCAGCUUAUCAGAAGAUAUGGUUAUUCAUAUUGGGGAGAAUAUCAAACCUGAUAUUGGUGGAGCUGAAAAUGAUAAAGCCUAA